GGCGUCAUUAGCAGAACGACAGCAGUACUCAAUCAUACUGCAUUGAAGGCAAUAUUGCAAACAAUGCCAAACAUAAUCAAAUCUUGACACAAUAUGCUCCAGGACGAAGAAAUGCUUUGGCCGCUCGAUCAUAACUACAUAGCUGGUAAGUUUCCCGAAUAAUCAGGAUCUAGUAUUGCCUGUCCUAAUGAGUAUGUGCUUUGACCACAUUCCGCAAUAUGCCGUCUUGAAUCAUCGUAAAAAUCACAGGUACCAACCUAGUAUACGAGUAUAAGGAAGGCACAGUAUGGAAUGUGAUUUAAGCCUGCAUUGACCAUCUUAUGGCUUCUGUGUUUCCGUAUUUAGUUGCUGGGUUGGGUAAUUAGGUACCUAGUAGGUACGUCGGGAUGUACGUUUACCUCUGAGUCAAUGGCCACUUACCUAUCAAGGUGGCUCUUAACUUGAAAGUUAAAUCUAAGGAAAUACAUCCAUGGCUGGGAAUUACUUUAUGUAUAACGCGCCUUCCGUUAGAAAAUAUAAGAACGCAAUUCCCACCGAAGAAUCAUCCUUCUCUCUUUCUUCACCACCGGAGUAACACACCUCCUAGGUAGAUCAUUCCUCCUACGAAUUACUUACUACCUACACCUCCCACAAUGGCUGCGUUAACCUUUGGUGUUGAGCUCGAGGCCGCGUACUUCUAUACGCGCAAAUCGGAAGAGCUUGAGAAUGCAGCGGAUGAUCUACCUCCAAUGGUAGAUAUGACCUAUGACGCAUGGAAGGAGCGCAACCCGAAAAUCCCCAGAUGCGAGUACUACAAGAAGUGUGAGAGGGAUGAUGACAUGGCGAGGCUGUUGACCUACGAAAUCCACCAAUUCGUCGGGGGACUCCCAAAGGACCUCCGUGGUGAGCCGAUCCCCCCUACUGGCAACCCCCUGCAGGAUUCGUAUCGAGGAUGGAAGGUUGAAGCCGACCUAUCGAUCAAGCUGGAUGAGGAAGACCACGAUGGUCUCGAGUACACCGGCCUAGAGGUCAUAUCACCGGCCAUGUACGCAGCUGAAAAUGCUUUCAGGGAAGUCAAGGCCGUUACCGACUGGCUGCGCAAGGCUUUCCGAGCUGCCGUGCCUCCAUCCUGUGGCCUUCAUGUCCACGUUGGCCAGGGGCCCGCCUUAUUUCCCCUAGAAACUCUUCAGAAGCUGGCUGCCGUAUGCUGGGCCGGUGAUACUCUCUUGCAGCAGAUGCAUCCCGUAUCCCGACGCUUCAACGACCAUUGUCUCGGCCCAAGGGUCAAGUCCAACCUCGCAGAAGGAGAUAAAGUGGAGAAUUAUCACACGGCAAACGACGACUUUUCCGUAUCUACUAUGAAGAAGCUCCUAUCGAAAUUAGUGGCGUCAAGAUGGGAGGCCGGUGCCCGGACAUCUGUCACUACCACGACAACUACACCCUCUAUCCAGAAUGUCAUCAACCUAGGUAAAGCUAGACGACUCAUGACCAAGGGAUUCACCCGUACUCUACCGCGAACAAAGCAUGCGGUUAUGCCCUCUAAGGAAGAGCGUGACGUUUGCGAUAGGCCAAUUUAUUCGAUAAAUAUCCCUGAUGAGCCAUUUGAGCUUCGCCAGGGCCACGACAUUAUGACCGGAACGACUGAGAUUUUCCGCUGUCUUAACCUCAACGCCGUCGCGUCUCUCAUGAGCAGCACCGCGCGCGGCGCAUACAACUUCGAGAACUAUUUAGACAUCAAGAGGAACGCCAAGGACGGGCCCUAUGAGGCUGCAAACAAGACUGUCGAAUUUCGGCAGGCAGCGGCUUCGUUGGACGGCCACUGGGUAGCAACAUAUGCUAGGAUCUGUGUUGGAAUGACCCGGUUCGCCCAAGACGCCCGGAUGCCGGACUUAUGGCGGCUAGUCUACGAGUGCCACCUCGCAGAGAAAUCACACCAUAUAUACGACGUUCUCGACUUGCUGCUCGACCUGGGCUUACCCACCGAGGCUAAAGUCGUCCAGAAUAGACUGCAGAAAGGGGCACACGUCGCGGAAAUGCUGAAGCCAUUUUUGUCGGGGGCAGAUUGUCUGGCGUGCAACCAUCUACAUGAGUUGAUGCAGACCGAUAGGCGAAAUAACGAUUUGCCAUUCGAGUUGAUAGAUCAGUCGAAGUUGCAGGAUUACUGGGGUAAAUGCGGACAGUGGUGAAGCCCAUAGAUGGGCAUUUGGGAAUGGGGUUAGGCGUUAUGUACCCAUCUGAGACAUGCAUUGAAUUUGGGUGUUCUUGAUUUGGUGUUUUGAGCUACUAUGAACGGAUGGCCGACCAUUCGUAAAAGGGGGAGAUAGAAUGCGAGGAUAUAGAUGACCGUUUCUCGCAUUCGUUUCUAGAUAGGGGUUGCUGGCGAUAUUAAUAAACUGCGUCUCGUAUAAGCUUUCGAAUUAUAAUGUGAUGCAGCUCGCAACAUGAAACAGAUAGCGUUGAUGAAGCUGAGAUUUUACGACGAACCUGGUUGGUU